GCCUACCGCAUGGCUGUGGCUGCGAACGGAAGCAGUUGUUUACAUACUUUCGCGGCGUUUUAUCCGAUUUCGCAGUGUCUCUUUUAUCCGACAUUACAGUGUAAUUACGCUAUACUGGACUCUGCAAAAAUUAUAGCAAGUAGUCGUGACUACAGUCGAACAUAUAACACAAUAUGCCAGAAAAAUGUUGUGUUCGUGGUUGCAACAGCAACUACAAAUCCAGCAAGGAAGAGGGUUACAUCGCAGUGUUCAGAUUCUGAAGCGGAAAACAGAAAACGAUGGACAAGAAAUAUCCCCAGAAAGGACUCGACUCCAUCAAAUAGAAGUGUUGUUUGCAUUAAACAUUUUGAAGAAUGUGGUGUAUCAAGAGUGGAGAUUUACAAGGACUCUGAUGGGAACUGUCACGAGUGUCCUCGUCAAAGGCCAUUGCUUUAACCAGAAGCUGUGCCAUAAAUAUUCCCUGGGUUACCAUCGUAUUUAAGUAAGGUGCAGCCCCCAAGAAGGUGUGACCCAGAAAUAAGAAGGAAGCGUGCACACCACAAAGAGAAGAAGAAGAAUGAAGCCAUGCUAAAUGAGGACAUUCUUGCAAAUUUUGAGUGUUCGUGUGCUGAGUACCAGGAUAGAAUAAACAGUGUAGGAAAGU